AUGGCCAACUUUGCGCGGAGCCUGCGGCUUUCGGGGCUCAAGCUGUUCGAGGUCGAGCGCGACGGCAACUGCUUCUUCCGAGCGAUUGCCACCGGGCUCGGCGAACACCAGGGGUGCCACGCGAGCUACCGGGAGAGGGUGGGUGCGCACAUGGAGGCGCAUCCGGACGACUACACGCCGUUCCUCACCUUUCGGGAGGGCGACGAGGAGGACGACGCCGACUUCGAGCAGUACCUCUCUCGCAUGCGGCGGGACGGCGAGUGGGCGGGUCAGCCGGAGCUUCUUGCGGCG